AUGGCGGAGCUGCGGGCCUGGGCAGGAUCCAGUGAGUUCCGCAGGGCCCCAAUCCGCACUGCGUCCCACAGGGUCCCCACCAGCACUGCCAUGCCCGUCAGGGAGAAGAGAACAAAGCCCACGAAGCCUGCAGAGAAUGAACAGAAGCCUUGCAGUGCUGUUUAUCGGCGACCCUACAGGGACAGGGUGAUUCAUUUGCUUGCUCUGAGGACUUACAAGAAGCCAGAGUUACUUGCUCGCUUGCAGAGAGAUGGAGUCAUGCAAAAGGACAAGGGCACCCUUUCCAAGAUCCUUCAGCAGGUAGCCAAGUGGAAUGCAAAGGAUAAUUCCUUCAGUCUGAAGGAACAUCUGUUUCAAACCCUUCAGACUGAUUGGCCUGGCUACACUGAAAUAGACAGACAGAAUUUGAAGUUAAUACUUUCUGGAAAAUAUGUAGCCAUUGUCUCCUUGGAGCAACGCCAGCGCUACAAGGAUGACUUUAAUGCAGAGUAUGAGGAAUACCGGAAUUUACACUCUGUGAUUGACAAGACCACAAAGAAGUUCAAACAGUUUCAGGAGCAAUGGAAGUCUCUGACUCCAGGCUCUGAAGCCUAUCAGAGGCUGCAUGAUCCAAUCCUAGCAGAUUAUCAGCAGUUACAACAGGGUAGCCCCAGCUACUCUGAAAUGAAGAGCAGGUGCCUGUACCUCCACAAAAAGCUGGCCCAUAUUCAGAGGCGCAUUUCUGAAUAUGACCAGCAGUGA